AUGGUUGGCCGUCUCGCUGGAAAGAACGCCAUCGUCACCGGUGCUGCUGGUGGCAUCGGCCUCGAAACAACUAUCCUCAUGCUCCGCGAGGGCGCCUCCGUCCUCAUGACCGACAUCUCCUCUCCCGGUCUUGAAAAGGCCCUCGCCAAAGUCCACGCCGCUGUCCCCGACCCUACCGGUAAAGUCGAGAUCCGCACCGUCGAUGUCUCCAAGGAAGCCGAGGUCGAGGCCGCCGUCGCCCACUUGGACGCUUGGGGGGGUGUUGACGUCAUGUUCAACAACGCCGGUAUUAUGCAUGCCCAGGACGGGGACUCCGAGGAAACCCCCGAGGCCAUCUGGGAUCUCACCAUGAACAUUAAUGUCAAGGGCGUGUGGUAUGGAUCGAAGCAUGCCGUGAAGAGCUUGCGCAGGCAUGGCAAGAAAAAGGGCAGUGUUAUUAAUACCGCCAGUAUGGUUGCGCUUGUGGGUGCGGCCACCCCGCAGUUGGCAUAUACUGCUAGUAAGGGAGCUGUUUUGGCAAUGACAAGGGAGUUGGCCAUUGUACAUGCUCGUGAAGGGUUUCGAUUUAACUCGCUCUGCCCGGCUCCUCUUAACACCCCUCUCCUCCAAGAUUGGCUCGGAGACGACAAGGAGAAGCGCUUCCGUCGUGAGGUGCACUUCCCCACGGGCCGUUUCGGUGAGGCUAUCGAGCAGGCUCAUGCGGUGAUCUUCCUGGCAAGCGACGAGAGCAGCUUCGUCAACGCCGCAGACUUUGUGGUCGACGGUGGUCUGACCAAGGCGUAUGUCACUCCUCAAGGUCCUGCCACUGAAGCCCCCAAGAACUUGGGCUCGUAA